AGGCUCCUGGGGUUGAGUCUAAAUCACUCAUCAUUGGUUAAAGCCGAGCUCACAGCAGAAUAAGCCACCAUGAGGCCGUCGGUGUGUCUCCUGCUGCUCACGCUGGCCCUUUGCUGCUACCGGGCAAAUGCAGUGGUCUGCCAAGCUCUUGGUUCUGAAAUCACAGGCUUCUUAUUAGCUGGAAAACCUGUGUUCAAGUUCCAACUUGCCAAAUUUAAGGCACCUCUGGAAGCUGUUGCAGCCAAGAUGGAAGUGAAGAAAUGCGUGGAUACGAUGGCCUAUGAGAAAAGAGUGCUAAUUACAAAAACAUUGGGAAAAAUAGCAGAGAAAUGUGAUCGCUGAGAAGUAAAAAGUUUUUAAUGCUAGUUUCCACCAUCUUUCAAUGAUACCCUGAUCUUCACUGCAGAAUGUAAAGGUUUCAACGUCUUGCUCUAAUAAAUCACUUGCCCUGAA